CCCGAAACGGUGGGCAGCUCAAGCAGACACCGCCCGUGCAGUCCAACACGCACGGCUCGCGUAUAAAUACACUGCAGCAGGUGCCUGAACUGCUCGUCAUUCACAAGUUCCCAGACCAAAGUACUCCAUCCGGUUCCUUCGAUCUGGUUCUGUUCGUUCCUGGAGGCUCGGCUUCCGAGGCAAGGAAGCACAGGCUGCUUGCGAUGGCGGGGGGAGGGAAGGUGUACUCGUUCCAAGAGGUGCGGAAGCACAGCCAGCGCAAGGAUUGCUGGCUCAUCAUCUCCGGCAAGGUGUACGACGUGACGCCCUUCAUGGAGGAGCACCCGGGCGGCGACGAGGUCCUGCUGGCGUGCACCGGCAAGGACGCGACGGCCGACUUCGAGGACAUCGGCCACUCGGACGCCGCCAAGGAGCUGAUGCCGCAGUACUGCAUCGGGGAGGUCGACGCCGCCACCAUCCCGGCCAAGCUCGCACACGCCGUCCUCCCCGCCAAGGGGGCAGCGGCGGCUCCGGCGCCACGCGCGAGCACGGGCCAGGGCGUCUGGCUAACGGUGCUGCAGCUCGCCCUGCCCCUCCUGCUGGUGGCCAUGGCCUUCGCGCUUCAGAACUUCGCCAAAACCAAAACAGAGUAGAUGAGGAGAAAGGACGGAUACCGUCGCGGAUACCGGCCUGCGGCCUCUUGGAAGUAUCUGCACGUCCAACCAGUUGAUGUCAACAUCUCUACCGCUGCAAUCGUUGUGGUUCCAUCUCCCCUAUGUGUACUGACGUAAUUAUUGGUGGAAUUCAUAUACUCCCUCCGUCUAGGUGAACAAGUCAUCUUAGGUUGUGCACCGUGACCAAAGAGAAAGGGAAAACGAGAGUACUUAAUGUUCA